CAAUUAAAGCAGCUGAUGGAAUUAUACACUGGUAUAAAAAUCACCAGGGAGGAGGCUCUGUUAGAGGUUACUCAGUCAUUGCUUUUUGGGGAAGGGAAAGAACAGUGUGAGUCAGGGGAAAAAGUCAAAAUGAAGUCUGUUGUUCAUGAGGAGAAAAGGCCCACCAAACCAUCCUGUCACCUGAAAGGAAAGAAGAAAGCAAACUACUCCACCUACAUCUACAGAGUGUUAAAACAAGUUAACCUGUACACUGGAAUCUUGUGCAAGUUGAUGGUCAUUGUGGACUGCGCUGAGGGUGACCUGCUCCAGCGUGUGGCUUCAGAGGCCUCCAGGUUAUCCCUUUCCAACAAAAGACGCACCCUCACCGGCAGAGAGAUCCAGUCCGCAGCUCAGCUGCUCCACGCUGAGGAACUCUGGUAGUAGGGUGUGUCGGAGAGGAUGAAAUCUGUUGCAGAGUACACCAGCUCAAACUGAGGGCUUGUUUCUUUACAUGUUUUUUAAAUGUGGGAUAUUUUAAUUAACUAAUUAAAAUGAUUUAUUUUA